AUGCGCAAGCCGCAUCACGAAAAGGCGCUGGCGCUGCUGAAGGAGGUCGGGCAUGCCGUGCAGACACUGAUGCGGAUGCAUGGAUGGACCGUGCACGUGCUGGCUGAAAUGUAUCCACGCAACGCGCAGCUGCUGGGCCUGAACUACAACCGCGGCGAGAAGAUUUGUCUUCGCCUGCGUGAGAGCUCGGAUGAAUCUGCGUUUUUGACGCGCGAUGCCAUUCUUACGACCAUGUUGCAUGAACUUGCCCACAACGUGCGUGGACCCCAUGACGAUGUGUUCUACCAUACACUACAGGCACUCACUGACGAAUAUACCACGGCGCAGCGCUUGGGGUACUGGCCAGGCGCCGGCUUUCUCACACCCGGCACGCGUCUCGGCGGCCGCAGCGUGCCUUCAAAUGCAUGGGAGCGGCGGCAGCUUGCAGCUACGGCGGCAGUGCGCAGACAGGGCCAGACAGGCGGUGGCACACGCCUGGGAGGAGCAGCGUCGUCACGACCCCUGAACCAACUCGCAGCCGAGGCCGCCCUUCGCCGGCAGCGCGACGCUCGCACAUGCGCAUCUCAGCAAGACAUGCAAGAGAUCCUCAACAGCACUCGCGAAGCAGACGUGGUCGCCUUGGACGACAGCGACGAAGAUACCCCCUCUGGUGUGGCGCGUGGCACCUACGACGACCCGAUCCUGAUUGAAUGA